AUGGAUGCACCAAGCUCCUUUUUCUUCAACCUGGAGAAAUCGGUGGCCCAGAGGAAGCUCAUGGCAUGUCUAAAGCUCCCAGGAGGCAGGAUCACCAGCAGUCCUGCAGAGAUGAGGAGCCAUGCAGUGGACUUCUAUGCUGAGCUCUUUGGAGCAGAACUCUGUGACGCUGGGAGUCGUGAGGAGCUCCUGGGGAAUCUUCCUCAGCUCAGCCCAGAAGAAAGGUCUGUUCUGGACUCUGAGCUGACUCUGGAGGAGCUGACUGAUGCUGUCAACCAGAUGGCCUCAGAUGAUGUUAAUGUGUUUGUCUCCAGUCAGGGGGACGUUCAGGGUCUUCAGGACACCCUGUCCCUUUAUGAGAGGGCUACAUCAGCGAGGGUGAACUGGGCGAAGAGCGAAGCUCUGCUGAUUGGACCCUGGAGAGAUCAGGCAGUACCCAGUCUGCCAGGUGGACUCAAGUGGGGGAAGGAGGGAUUAAAGGUGCUGGGAGUGUUUCUGGGCAUUGAGGGCUUCAAGGCCAAAAACUGGGAGGGAGUUAAGGAGAAAGGCAUCGCUGCAGCGGCGCGGUCUAAAGGAGAACACAAACAGAAAGUCUUUCUGACUGUCUCCUUCGGAGGGAUCAAGAUCUACGAUGAGAAGACAGGGGUCCUCCAGCAUCACCACGCCGUCCACGAGAUCUCCUACAUCGCCAAGGACAUCACUGACCACCGAGCCUUCGGCUACGUCUGUGGGAAGGAAGGGAACCACCGCUUUGUGGCCAUCAAGACACAACAAUCGGCAGAGCCUGUGAUCCUGGACCUGCGGGACCUGUUCCAGCUCAUCUAUGAGAUAAAGCAGAGAGAGGAGAUUGAGAAGAAAGCUCAGAAAGACAAGCAGUGUGAACAGGCCGUCUACCAGACAAUACUGGAGGAGGACCUGGAGGACCCGGUCUACCAGUACAUUGUGUUUGAGGCGGGACACGAGCCCAUCCGUGACCAAUCAGAGGAGAGCAUUUAUCAGGUUCCCACCUCUCAGCAGAAGGAGGGCGUCUAUGACGUGCCGAAGAGACAUCCAAAUCUCAACCAGUUAGAGAUUUUUGGAGACAUGUCGACGCCUCCUGACAUCACCUCUCCAUCGACCCCUGCCUCUCCAGCCAACACCCUGGACCCCUCGCAGGGCCUGCAGCCUCCGACAGAACUGUUCGCUCCCUUCAACCCUGCGUCUGUGCCCUCAGGUUAUGUGACGAUGGGGGCAGUCCCCACCGGACACUGGUCCCAGCAGGCCUUCGCCGCACAGACACCGUUGGCCUUCGGGGUCCAGUCUCCUCUGGGUCCAGUGGCCCAGGUCCUGCCUGGCGGUCAGCCUCUGAUCUGGGGUCAGGCCAACCUCUUCCCCGCCACCCAGCAGCAGUGGGCAGCCAUGGCGGCCGGAGCCUUCCCCCCCACAGCCUACCUCCCCGCCCAACCCGUGGGCACGCUGCCUGCCGCCAUGUUCCAGACGCUCACCCCCGUCACCACUGUGACUCCGGCCAGCGAGAGCCACUCAGCAGCCGGAGCCAGCGCCUCAGCGCCCUCCCCCUCAGCAUUGUCGAGUCCGCAGCACGGCGAGAGAGCGAGGAAGAUGGGCAAGGAGAUGUUCAAGGACUUUCAGCUGGCCAAGCCUCCGGCCAUGCCGUCCAAGAAGGGCGAGCAGCCGAGCUUAGCGGGGACCUCGGAGGCAUUCAGCUCGUACUUCAGCCGCGUGGGCACGGCCCAGGACACGGACGACUGUGACGACUUCGACAUUUCUCAGAUGAACCUGACGCCGGUCACCUCUACGACGCCGUCAACAAACUCACCUCCCACCCCAGCUCCCCGGCAGAGCUCACCCUCCAAGUCCUCUGCCUCCCAUGUCAGUGACCCCCCCACGGAUGCCACAGACCCCCCCACGGACGACUCCUUUGGGGAAGCAGAGGGCAGCCCGAGUCGCAGCGGAGAGGAAGACACUAAGGGGAAGGACCCGCUGUAUGCCCAGAUCAACAAGGGGAAGAAAUGAAGAGAUGCUCAGCUGACCAGGACCAGGACCAGGACCCAGACCCUGAGGACAGCCUGACUGCGUCCCUCCUCCUCUGUUCGAUCCAGGAGUGAGACCAGGCCCUGAUCCGGUCCCCUCUGCCGUCUCCUCCUCUCUUCCCCCUCUCCUGUGGUGACUCACCCCGGCCUUACAGACUCCUCCCCAGCCUCCCGCCUUCCUCAGUACCUCCUUCCUCCUCCUCCCUCUGCCUCCUGCGUCCGGUCUGAGACUGUGCUGCUGAGGAGGGACUGAAUCAAGCAGUGCCUCUCUCUCUCUCUCACUUUAACAGGAAAUCAUGUUUGUUUUUUUAACGGACUGAAUCUGCAGCCGGGAGAUCCCCCGGACUCCAGCGGGCCUAUCAGGGACGGCCCCUGACCGGGAUCGCUGGCGUUGUGUCCUCAUUGGUUGUGAGUGUCUGCUGGAUCACUAUGCAGAAACAGACUCUCUGGGAGCUACUCACCCUCACCUCUCUGACCCCGUUUACACCUGACACUAGCAUCCAUACCGGGCGCUCAGAGACCAGCCGGUUCACCUCAGUGGAUCCGGAUCAGUGUGGUAGACCACCUGUGAUCAGAACCACAACUCUAUUUAAGUCAGUCGACCCCCCCAUCAGAGAGAUCGGGUCUUUAUUUGGCUCAGCUCAGCAGCCGGGCCGGCCUUUAGGCUCUCCAUUUAGACUUUAAAUCCAGAAACAUGGAAAAAUGGAAAGUGGAUCUGAAACAAGAGUCUGCUCUUAGAACCAGGAACAUGACACAGCUCCCUCACAGCCGGUGGUCUUUAGCUGAGAUUUAUUGUUAGAACACAGAUACUCCAACAGUCUGCCCCUCCUGCUGACGUGGGACUGGUGAGGAGCGAGGGAACCCCUUACUCCUGUUACCAAGGCCGGUAGAUACAAGAGGGUUUCUGACCCAUAAUCCAGUUUUUCACCAGUUCUCCACCAUGCAAGCAUUAGCGCUGCUUCCUGCUGAAAGUCACAGGAAUAUUCCUGCAAUAGUUUUAGACUCCACAGUUUGGUAUUUUUGCACUUACCCUAAACUCAGGCUAUGUUUACCUUUUUAGAUUGCAGCAAGACAUCAGAACAAACACACCUUCAGCAGACAGAAGAGAUUCUGAGUCACACAGCCACAUGUGACCCGCCUCGGACUCAGGGAGGAUUCUGGUCAGAGCGUGCAGGUCUGCUCAGUUUUACUCCUAAAGUCAGAGGGAACGAGCAGAACAAAGGAGUUGAUUUCUGCUGUUUCCUCUGUCAGGUUAGUCAGCUUUUAUCGACCCACCCCAGUGGAAGAAAAGUCCCAUAGACACAGCGGACUGAGCUGACACACACCCUCUCUCUGCAGUCAGCGUGAGGAAGACUGUUGGUAAAUCUGUGAUCCAGCACUGACAGAGGAGGUAUGCUGAAUUAUUCUGGAACCUCAGCCAACAGCUAAGAGGCUAGUGGUUCCUCUUUAACAGCUUUUCUCCCUCAUGCUCCUCUUUGAGUGCUGAGUGGAUCUGAGAGGACUCUUUAGUUUAAGGAGUGAGGCUGGACAGAAAUGAUGUUUUGGCUGUAGUUUGGACAAAGAUGAGCUCUGGUUGGUCAGUACUGGUAAACAGUAAACCUGGUAUCUGAUUUCCCAGUAUGGACGUUCAUAUCAAGUGUAAACAGGGUCAACACGCUCACGAGUAAUUUGCCAAACGUCUGUCCUCGUAGACGGCGGCGGAGGACAGACCUGCAGAGGGACGAGAUUCUGUGAUUGAACUGUUCAUUCUCUAUAGCUUUUGUACAAUACUGAAGAAAAUGAACAAAUUGAAAAUGGGAUUUUUAUUUUAUAAGUCAAUCAAGCCGCGGGGGUCAGCUCUAUAGGAGUCUACAUGGCUUUAAGGCAUCCAUCGUCUGUCUGCCAGUCUCAUUUUGUAAAUACUGAAAUGACCCACACCGCCAUCCUUUCCCACUGACCCACAUCUGCGCCAUAAAACAGGAAGCUUCAAUAUGCAAACUCCACCAUAACCCGAGCAAUACACACAUUUGUUUUAUUCUCAUACGUUCUCUUCCUGCUGACGCACAGCGAUCACUUCCUGCUGAUGCACAGAGAUCACUUCCUGCUGACGCACAGCGAUCACUUCCUGCUGACGCACAGAGAUCACUUCCUGUUGACGCACAGCGAU